ACGACUGCUGGCGUGCGCACGUACGUCUCUCUGUUGUGGCGUGUGGCAGGAAAGCCGAAUUAGUUAUUUUCAUUGUUUUAUAUAAACACGAGCACGCUGGAGGUUGGGUUUGAGAAUUUGCAAGACUGAAAUGGCAAUAAUAUCACGCAACUUUUUGAGUGCUGUUCUUAUGUUAGUGCAGUGACAGUGUGAAACUUGCAUGAGACAGAGUCACCACCACCACAAAGGAAAGCACAGCAGGUAAAGCUUCAAGGGUGCAGCGCAGAUGGCACUGAGAUUUCGAUCGCUUAUCCCCUACACGUUGCCUGGCGUGCUGGCCCUGAUUGGCUGGUGGUGGUACGUCUCUCGCAAGAAAGGGCGAAUCAGCAGUCACGACACGAAGGAUGGGGUCAGCAUUGCGCUGCAGGAGCAGAGCGCCGUCGCGACCGGAGCGACAGCUUCCGCUGAAGACAGCAACAGAAUCCUAGAGGAAAGAAACUUAACUCCGACGGCUGCUGCUGCUGAAGCCAACACAGACUUCGAAAGAAGAAAACUAAAACAGGACAAAGAAAAACAAGGAGAAAAAGUAGCUGAACAAGAAGUAGUAGAAAUUCACAUACCAGGGUCUGCGGCCGCCAUGGAAAGGCUGGCUCAGACCUUGCCAAUAGAAACGCUCGGAAGAACGGACGCAACCACAACCUGCAGCAGCUCGCUUGCUGAACUUGACACCGCAGCUCCAGAAUUAGCGCUGGCGGAGAUGCUGACUUCCAAAGAGGAGUGCAUUGUGACAUCAUGUGCAGAAGAGCCUUCCGUCCUCCAUCCACCGAAUACUGAGGAGGACGCAGCCGCGUCGCUGAGACCAGUGGGAGCUGCAGAAGCGUUCAGCUUGACUGAGGCGCUGCAAUGUUCUGACGCUCCGCUGUUGGAUGAGUCUAUAGUGGUGCCUGCCGCCGCUGCCACCACCACCACCACCACGGCUAACGUGAUCUUCUCAGUGGAGGCCAGUGAAAAGAAACCGAAGGAAAUUGAGGAGGUGAUGCAUUUGGUGGUAUCGGCGACAACAUUUGACGUUCUAGAAACCAAGGCAGUCUCCUCUGACGCCCGGCUAACUGAAGCGGUAAGGCCAGAGCCAGAAGGAGAAGUAGCGGCGGACAAAAUCUCAGUGCCUUUUACGGAGAAGAAACAAGAAGCAGCUGGAAAAGCAAAAGAAAGCUGCCACAGCCGCCGUCUCUCCAAAGUUGAAACGUCUACAGCAGCUACAGCAGCUACAGCAACAGAAGCAGCAGCAGCAGAAAACUGCACAAUGAAAUCAGGCAGUCGGGAGCCCCUCUGCUCAGAAACACCCUCCUCCUCCCGCCGCCUCACAGCUACACCUGCACUAACACCCCCACCCCCACAGGAGGAGCCCUCCAAUCACAGGAUAGGGAAACCGCUGGAGAACGGCCUGCCGGAAGGCGUAGCGGGAAACUUGGAAGAAAUCGAGAGUCUGGCUGCCGGUUUAAUUUCGGAGGUCAUAAUGGCAGCGAAGCAGGAGGUGCUUAACGUCAGUCAGUAUGAAGGAGAAAAAGUAACUGUGGAGCAGAGAGGAAAUGUGGCAGCGGAACACAGAGGAAAUGGCAGCAGCCUCUCAAAUGGGAGAGCAUGUGCGGUACGAGACCAAGAGAAGACGGAAAGCAGAGAGACGUCAAAGAAGGCGAUGGUUCAGACCAGCGCGACGAUGGCGGCAACCCAGGCGAAAGGCGCCGGAGACGGCCAAGCCAAAGCGAACGCUGCGGAGAAGCAACACACGGCCGAAGUCCAAGUGCAGACCUGCCUGGUGUUGAACGGAUGUCUGCCGACCACGUGGGAGAAGAGGCAGGAGAGUGGAUGCAGAAAAGCGAGCGAGCAGAGCGUAUCGCUGGAGGCGGCGCACAGCCUCACAGAGGUCCUCGUGGGUCACGUGGCGGAGGCUGUUGCGGGAGCAGAGGAUUCUGGGUGCAGCACUUGCCAGUCUGAGGACGGCGUCAGCAGCGAGGACCUGCUGCAGAGCACGGGGCUGUCCUGCACGCUGCCCGAGCGCAAGGCGGACGUGCUGGGCGUCUCGACGAUCGAGGGAGUGUCUGGGUCGGGAGAGUCCGCCCCAGAAGUGGCUCCGGGAACGGAGAGUACGGAGUGUGGGAAUGGGGGACUCAACGGCAGCGCUGCCAGCUUGAGGAACGAGAGCCGCUGGGCAACUGACCCGGAAGCAGAUCAUUCUGGAGGUUCUGAUGUGAACAGCAUGGACUCUGUAGACAGCGGGUGUACGCUGGGGGUCGGAGAGACCCCUCGAACCAACAGCCAGCCGUCGCUGCAGCUGCUCAAAUCCGAGCUCACCAUCUGGGAGAUUGAGGUGCCAAAGCAUCUUGUCGGGCGAUUAAUUGGGAAACAGGGAAGGUAUGUGAGCUUCCUGAAGCAAAACUCUGGUGCCAAGAUCUACAUUUCAACACUGCCUUACACACAGGAGUUUCAGAUCUGUCACAUAGAGGGGUCACAGCCGCAGGUGGAUAAAGCACUGGGGCUCAUAGGGAAGAAGUUUAAAGAACUGGACCUCACGAACCUCUACGCCCCUCCGCCUCUCCCCCUCACACUGCCGUCUCUGCCGAUGACUUCCUGGCUCCUGCUCCCGGACGGAGUCACCGUGGAGGUGGUCGUGGUGAAUAUCGUGACGGCGGGUCACAUGUUCGUGCAGCAGAGCACGCACCCCACGUACCACGCCCUGCGCAGCCUCGACCAGCAGAUGUUACUGUGCUACUCGCGGCCCGGCGUGCCCACUCUGCCCUCGCCGGUCGAAGUCGGAGUGAUCUGUGCUGCGCCUGCCGUCGAAGGAGCCUGGUGGCGAGCUCAGGUUAUUAACUUUUACAAAGACUCCAGCGAGGUGGAGAUCAGAUACGUGGACUACGGGGGCUACGAAAGGGUGAAGAUCGAUGCGCUCCGUCAAAUCAGAUCUGAUUUUGUAACACUACCGUUCCAAGGAGCCGAAGUCCUGUUGGAUAACGUGGUGCCCCUUCCAGGCGCGGACCGGUUUCCCAGCGAAGCUGACUCUGCCCUUGAAGAGAUGACCCGUGGAGCCGCUCUCCUUGCGCAGGUUACAAACUACGACAGCAACAGUGGCCUGCCUUUAAUACAGCUGUGGAAUAUGGCUGGAGACGAGCUGGUGUCUGUAAACCGGGUUCUUGUGGAGAGAGGGUUUGGCUCGUGGGUCGACAGCUUCUAACCAGUCCUGGGACCCCUCCCCACCCCCCACCCACUCCCAACACCAUUCUCUUUUUGCACUGCACACUGGGGUUAGGCUUGGCAGUAAAGACGGAUCUAACAAAGUCAUAAAUGAACUGUCCUUGGGGAAUAUAAGAAGAUGUCCAUUUCUAUAUAAAUAUUUAUAUGUGGUACUUUUUUGAGAAGUGUGGGGUUUUUUUUGUUUUGUUUUUUUCGUUUUUCCUCUUGCAUUGUAUUCUGCAUACAGCCCUAUUUGAUUCCUUUGAGAGUUUGUAUGCAGGCUCUGCAGACACAAUACAUCAUGUGGGGUAGCGGGUGGGUGGGUUUGGUGAAUAUCACCACUUUGCAUCAAGCCCAGGAUAAGCACUUCUAUUACUCUUGUGUAAAAUAAAUAAAUAAAAUCAAGAUUGAGCAGGCCCUUGUCCGUUAAGGAGUUUGCCUUCAGGGGGCGUUCUGUACGAACGCAUGUCCGUGGGCAUCAUGGCAUGGGGGAGAUCUGGGAACUGCAUUCCCAAAGACACUUCACUCGGGUUUGGAUUUCUUUUUUUUUUUCUUUUUAUAAUAUAACAAUGUACAAACCUGUAAAAAAAAAAACAAAAAAAAACACAAUCUACAUGUCUUGCUUUUUGGGUUAACUUGUGGAUCAUUCUGUGUUUUGGGAGACAUGCAUUUAAGUAAUCCAUUCAGUCGUAGCUGCACAGGCGACAAAAACUGAGCUUGUCUCUAGCCGGUGUGUUCUGCUCAAUAUCAUGCAAGAAAGGCGGCUGUUUGAGAACAUGUUGUAUUUUUGGCAGCUUGUCUGACCUGGCCCGGUCUCGAGGGUGUUUUGUUUUGUCUUUUCUUUUUUUUGUUUUGUUGUUAAACUGUGGCCUUUUCAAAUAGAAAACGUCUGCUCUGGUACGUUUAGAGCAGCCGGUCACUUCAGCUCUGACCGGUUGUCUCGGAUAAGUCCAACCAGUGUACUUUUCAUCAGGGUUUGCUUGUCCUUCUGAACUGCAGCUAAUGCAAGUGUGAGAGAUUGGGAGAGUUUCCGAUACGUUCAGUGCGCGCAUGAUCAGUUUAACGAGCCCUCCUAAUACGGCUGCUUGAUGUCUUGAUUCUGGGUCAGACAGUUGGCAUCACAAAGACUCUCAAGGAUGCAGCUGGGUCCCAUCAAGUGCUCUGCUUGGUCACUGGAGCAGGCACCAGAGCAGGCAGUUGUGCAACACUACAGUAUGCAAUUUGGAAAUAAAAACACUAUGGGUAGAGAGACUAUCAACACAUACUGUUGUGUUGACCGUCCUGUUUUAUUAGGGUGAUGCUGUUUGUUUCUGAAGCUAAGUCUACACUAUUGUAGUAAUAAAAUACUGACUUAUGAUGCAAACUCAGCUGUUGAAUAGCUGUACAGUGUGUUUCAGGGAAGUGUCUUCAGGGUACUUUUUAUUUUUUUGUGUUUUUGUUUUUUCUGACCCUCAAGUAACUAACACCUGCAGAACUGUCCACAUUGUGCAGCAGUAGCUGCCCAUAGAGAUGCUGGGGUCCUGCAGUAAGAUUUGAAACUGCUCAGCGGUUGUCUUGGCAAACAGCAUUGGGGGUUUGAGAGCGGCUUUUGUGGUUUGAUGCACAAAGCCACAGUCGAAAUUAAUAAAAACUAGGUCUUGGCUGAAAGAUAACCCGGGUCUGUGUGCAGAAGUCUUCUGGGUUCUCAUGUAAUAUCAAUGUGGUAAAAACGGUUUGCUCUGAAAUGUACCUUUUUUCUUGUUUUUAUGACUGUUUGUAAAUUAAUAAAUACUGUACCUGUGCACUGUGGACACACUGCA